AUGGAGAUGAAGGGGAAUAUUCGUACUGGCUCCGAUGGCUCUCAUUCCAGCCUGUCGCUCCCUCACCCCGGAGGAUAUCAGGCCACAGAAAAGCGCAGACUAUUACUGAUUUAUAUCCAUGGCUUUAUGGGAUCAGAAGCGAGCUUUCAUGACCUGCCGCUACAUGUUCAUGAUUUGUUAACAGCCUCGUUGGAUGAGUCACACGUGGUGUUUACCCGCAUGUAUCCGAGAUACAAAUCUCAAGGCGAGAUACAAACAGCCGUGGAUCAGUUUAGUGCCUGGCUAUCGCCACAUGAGGCAGAUGACCUGGAUGUCAUCUUGCUGGGACAUAGUCUCGGUGGAAUCCUAGCUGCAGACGUUGUCCUCUUACAGCAAGAUGGGCACCCAAAGCAUCGGAUUUUAGGCUUAGUAGGAUUUGAUGUUCCCUUUUUGGGGAUCCAUCCUCGUGUAAUAGCAACAGGAACCAUGAGCUUGAUGCCUCAGAAAGACGCGGCAGAUGAAGAGAAGCUUGCGCGAGAACAAGAGUCUCUGGGCUUGGAACCGGCAUUCAAGUCCGCCCAUUUCAGCCCCAACUUUGACCCACCAUUCAAGAAUGAUGUGCGUCUGGUCGACCGAGGCUUUCUCAGUGGUGUUUUGCAUUUUGUCAACAAAAACACUGAUCAUCUCUCACGAUCUAUCUUUGAUCGAGUCGUAUCACCCUUCAAAUUUGCUGGUUGUGUCAAUAAUUACUCUGAACUUCGUCGGCGAUACGGGCACUUGAUGGAGCUAGAAGCUGAGUCCAGUCCUUGGAGAGUACGAUUUGUCAAUUACUAUACCGCGAGCACUGGGCGCAAGCCACGACCACCCAAGCCAAAAGCCGAAAAGAAAGCCAAAAAGUCUAAAAAGGAAGACAAGGAGUCCGCAAGAGAGGGUGGAAUUGCCAUGGAUGAAUCUGCAACGAAAAUACAUUCGCACGAACACUCAGAUACGCCAAGUGGCUCUGAACAAACCGAUGUAACCACCGCCAUGAGCAACAUGGCAAUCGACACCAAGCCCUUGAAGUCCACCACUUCUCAUUCUUCCCUGGCAACCGAGAAGGCCGACGAUAACAACAGUACUCCGCUGGCGGAUCACACAAGUACCGCAGCGUCUGCCUCAACCUCAACCGACCAGAUAGAGAGCCAGUCUCUCUCAGAAAGCAUUUCUCUCUCAACUGAAAAUGGCUCUAUCACAACAACGGAGUCCACAGACCCUAAUAAACAACACCUCCGCAAGUUCAUACUCUUACCGUCACAUCAUUGGAAGUACAACGAUAACUCCCAUUGGGUGCCGAUAUUAAUGGAGGACAUGGACGAAGUCAUGGCACAUCAGUCUAUGUUUAUUCCACGUGGUGCAAACUACGAUCACCUCGUUGGAGAUACCGUUGGGCUAAUUGAGCAAUGGAUUGAGAACGAUCUCAGUCGACGAUAUCUCCAAGAAAGUCUUGACUGA